GUACUCACCAGUUUAGUUUCAAAGGUGACAGCCGGGCUGGGCAGUGCUGGGCCGAGGAAUUCCUGCCCGCGAAAGAGAAAUGUUCCUCCCGCGCUGUUUUGCCCGCUUCCUCAAUUGUGUACGCGUGAAGCACAUCUUGACUGUGAUUGUGUUCCUGUUGCUCCUCAAUUUCUUUGGUGUUUUCACGCAUCUCUUCGAGAAAGACUUCUACACAGAUUUCCACUAUCCCCUCGAGGGUGACAUCCCACAAUUUGCUGACCAGGUGCGUCGUGGCCAGAAACCCGGAGUGGCUCCCAUCACCAGUUACAACUAUACAUUUGUCCACAAUCCCAGCCACAAAUGCAGAGACAAAGAUUUUCAUGUGUCGCCACGCCUUGUCUUCCUGGUAAAGAGUGCCAUGCGCAAUUUCAAGCGCCGGAAUGCCAUCAGGGCUACUUGGGGCUUUGAACGACGCUUCUCCGACGUCACUGUGCGCACGGUAUUUCUCCUAGGGACGUCUGAUGACCAGGAGACGCAGAAACUCAUAGACAUUGAAGCCACGAGCUACAGAGAUGUCUUACAGGCUGAUUUCCUGGACACCUAUUUCAAUAACACCAUCAAGACCAUGAUUGGUUUCCGCUGGGCUGUGGAUUUCUGCCCACGAUCUCGAUACUAUAUGCUAGUGGACGAUGACUUCUACGUGAGCACCAAAAAUGUCUUGCGUUUUGUGCGGAAUCCCGUUCACUAUCCGGAAUACCUUGAGGAAGCGGAUGAGACCAUCCGGCAGCUGGCGAGGAAGCUCACCCUGACUGCUGGAAAUGCUUCAGGGGCUGUUGAUAAACGAGAAGUGCAGGAAGUGCUAGAGAAUCAUCCAGUUGCCCACUCUGUGGACAGUAGGAAGCAUCUGUGGCAGUUAAGGCAGCAUUUACUGGCUCCUGAAGGACCAGCAAAAACGGCAGAUUUUGUAUCUGAAAAAGCGGCCAAGGCUCCAGAGCGACAACUUCUGGAAAUGGAUCUUCCCUCGGAUGUCCGGCUGUUUGCAGGAUUUGUGUUCACCUCAGCUCCACAUCGGCAUCGCACCAGUAAGUGGUAUGUAGACCUUGAGGAGUAUCGGUGGCAUAUGUGGCCACCCUAUGUCUCAGCAGGAGCCUGCAUAUUGUCUCGAGAGGCACUUUUCCAGCUCUACUUUGCCAGCAUGUUUACCAAACAUUUUAGAUUCGAUGAUAUUUACCUGGGAAUUGUUGCCAUGAAAGUCAAUAUUGAACCUCUGCACUCUGAGGAAUUUUACUUCCAGAAAUUGACUUACAGUGGGCCCCACAGCUAUCGGUACACAAUAGCCUCACACGGAUACGAUGAUCCUGAUGAAUUGGCCAAGGUGUGGGCGGAGGUUAAAGCAGCCGGUCAUGCAUAAUUUAGCAGAUAAUUACUAGUUGAUAUUACUUCAUUUUGUGAUCAAUAACUUGAAUGCAGUUUGCCCAUUAGAAUCUCAUAAGAAUUGCCAAAAGAAUCUCAGCUAAAACGUCCUGUAUAAUGAAUCCGGGGAAGUAUACUUUUCCCAUUGGAAUGCUUGUUGGGAACAAUAAAGUUCAAUGAUUUUUUUUAAUAAUUGA